AAAAAAAGCUCUCUUUUUUUCUUCUCUACUCUGUCCCGCCGCCGAAGCUGAACCACACACAGCAUCCCCACCGGCGACGAAUAGUUUUUUUAUUCAACCAACAUGGACGUAUCAGAGAGGAAUUUGGAUGGAGAGAACAGUGUAAGACGAAGGAGCAGAAAAAAAUCUAUGUCUGGGACUGCGAGUGGAGCACGAGAGCAUAAGGAGCAAUUGCAGAAACUUCAGGACAAGGAUCCAGAAUUUUAUGAGUUCUUGAAAGAGCAUGACAAGGAGUUGCUUCAAUUCAGUGAUGAUGAUGUAGAUGAAGAUGUGGGUACUGACACAGAAGAUGGAGACCUACAGCUAGAUGAGGAGGCUAGUGAGGAUGAGAUUCAAGAGAAGGAACAAAAAUCCUCUAAGGAAGUUAUAACUACUUCUAUGGUUGAUUUGUGGUGCAAAUCAAUUCAAGAAAGUGGGAGCUUGAGUGCGGUUCGUUCACUGAUGAGGGCUUUUAGGACAGCAUGUCACUAUGGUGAUGAUGGGGGGAAUGAAUCUAUGGCAAAGCUUAGUGUAAUGUCUAGCACUGUAUUCAACAAAAUAAUGUUGACUGUACUUACUGAAAUGGAUAGAAUACUAAGAAAUUUGUUGAAGCUUCCUGCUUCUGGUGGAAAGAAAGAGACCAUAACAGAUUUAGUGGCCACAAAGCAUUGGAAGAGUCAUGGCCAUUUAGUAAAGUCUUACCUUGGAAAUGCUCUCCAUGUUUUGAACCAAAUGACUGACACAGAAAUGAUAUCAUUUACUUUACGUCGGCUGAAAUAUUCUUUGUUGUUCUUGGCUGCUUUUCCUUCACUCCUAAGGAAAUACAUUAAGGUGGUCCUUCAUUUCUGGGGUACUGGUGGAGGUGCCCUUCCGGUUGUUUCGUUUCUAUUUAUGAGAGAUUUAUGUAUCCGUAUUGGAUCUGGCUGCAUAGAUGAAUGCUUCAAAGGAAUAUAUAAAGCUUAUGUUUUGAAUUGCCACUUUGUAAAUGCUGUGAAACUUAAACAUAUCCGUUUUCUUGGAAAUUGUGUCAUUGAACUUCUUGGCGUGGAUCUUCCAACUGCAUAUCAACAUGCCUUCACUUACAUCCGGCAACUGGCUACAAUUUUAAGGGAGGCACUUAAUACAAAGACUAAGGAAUCUUUUCGGAAGGUUUAUGAAUGGAAAUUCAUAAACUGCCUUGAACUUUGGACUGGGGCUAUCUGUGCCUACAGUUCAGAGUCUGACUUUAAGCAACUUGCAUAUCCAUUGACCCAAAUAAUUUCUGGGGUAGCCCGUCUAGUUCCCACGGCCAGAUAUUUUCCCCUUAGGUUGAGAUGUGUAAGAAUGCUGAACCAGAUUGCAGCUUCUACACAUUCUUUUAUACCAGUGUCUAUGCUUCUUUUGGACAUGCUGGAGAUGAAAGAAUUGAAUAGACCCCCUACAGGAGGUGUUGGCAAAGCUGUUGACUUACACAGUAUACUGAAGGUUAGCAAGCUGACCCUAAAGACACGAGCAUUUCAAGAGGCAUGUGUUAUUUCUGUGGUUGAAGAGCUUGCUGAACACUUGGCACAGUGGAGUUAUUCUGUUGCAUUCUUGGAGUUGUCUUUUAUUCCACUUGUGAGGUUGCGUAGCUUUUGCAAAUCGACCAAAGUUGAGAGGUUUCGAAAAGAAAUGAGGCAGCUUAUACGCCAGAUUGAGGCUAGUUCUGACUAUGUGAAUGGAAAGCGCCUGUCAAUUUCCUUUUUUCCUAAUGACCCUGCAGCAGCAUCUUUCCUUGAGGAUGAAAAAAAGUCAGCUUCUAGUGCACUUUCAAAGUAUGUCAUGACACUCCGCCAGAGAGCAGAGCAAAAAAAUAAUUCAUUGAUGGAAUCCAGUGUUCUUGUGGGAGAAGAAUCCUCUAAAUUUGGGAAUGAAAUAUCGGAAAGUGACGAAGAGGAUGCGAGAAAGAAUGUGGAUGGUGCCGUGGUCUUUAGUUCAUCCUGGUUACCUGGAAAUGACUCUAAGAUUAAACAACCUACAGAAACAAAACGAAAGAGGAAAAAGCAGCGGAAAGAGAAAGCCAUUGAUGACGAUGUUGUGGAGGACUUAGUACUUAGUUCGGACGAAGAUGUGCCUCCAAGCCACAGCCCUUCUGCUAGGAAAAAUGACGACACAGAUGAUUCACCUCCAAAACAAAAACGCAAGCAGGAGCACAGGACUAAAAGGUUGAAAAAAAAAUUAAUCUCACCUUGACGGGAAAUAAUGAUAAUAUGACAUGUCUAGUUGGCGACCUCACUAUUCAAGAUUGAUACUUUUAGGUGGAAUGUGACAGAAAAGUUUUGAUAGUUUUAAUUUAACAAUCGUUUCAAUUUAAUUUUGUUUGGAAGCAGGAAAAA